AUAUCAGACAGUACUAUCCCAAAAGAAGAGACAGACAGACAGACAGACAGAGAGAGAUGGAAAGUGAUAACACAAAGGAUCUAUACAAAGAAUGCCUGAGAAAUCAUGCCGCCAGCCUCGGCAGCUAUGCCACCGACGGAUGUGGGGAAUUUACUCUUGACGACACUUCACCUUCAUCCCUCCAAUGUGCUGCGUGCGGCUGCCACCGCAAUUUCCACCGCAAGGUGACAUACAGCAGUAGCAGGAGUCGCAACAUCCACCCUCCAGAGACGACAGUGAUGGAGUUGAUGGACUACGCCGAUGCGGGCAGGAGGCUGCCGCCAAUGGUGGUUGAGUCUGCAGGAGAAGGGGAAAGAAGCGGUGGAAAGAGCAAGCGGUUCAGGACAAAGUUUACAGUAGAGCAGAAAGAGAAGAUGCUGGCAUUUGCAGAAAAGUUAAGAUGGAAGUUGCAGAGAAAAGAUGAGGAAGAUGAAGUUGAGAGGUUUUGUAGAGGAGUUGGAGUGAGUAGACAGGUUUUUAAAGUUUGGAUGCAUAAUCAUAAGAACUCUACCUCUUCUUCUUCUGCCUCUACUGGAAAUGCAUCUUCCCUAACCACUCAGUGACACCAAGAUGAGACUUUUAGUUUUAUUUUUGUUUACUUUCAUUGUUUCUUUCUUUUAAUGUUUGGAUGUAAUUCUAUCCUCUUGUUUCUUUUUCUAAGCCAGACUAUUGCUAAUUUCUGGGUACUACUUUGCAUGGAUUUACUAAUUUUUAAACCAAAAAUUAAUUUAAGUGAAUAUAUAUGCAUGUUCAUGCUGAUUACUCUU